AUGUCCGAUUUUUCAGGCGACUUUGACUACAGUGAAUUUGAGAGUUUUAUAGCAAUAGCAGAGUUUGCCAAAAAUGCCGAAAAAGUUCAAUUUGUCAUCGCGAUUCUUGGUUUUUCAAUGAAUAUUCCUCAUUUAUUUAUUUUACACGGAAAUCUAUGAGAACCCAUAGCACGAAUUCGUUGAUGAUUGGAAUAUCCAUUGCUGAUAUGAUAACUCUCUUGAUGUUUAUUAAUCAUAGAAUUCAGUUGGAUUGGAUAACAAAGUUUUCAUGCUAUAACAGUUACAAUUUUGCCAUGAACGUGGUUCGAUGGGUAUCAUAUAUUCUGCAGGACAGCUUUGAACGAGUUUCUUUUUACUUGGGGCUUUGUUUAGCACUGAUCCGUUGCAUUAUUAUGAAGCUCUCAGGUAAUGCGCCUGAUGCCCUUUCAACUACCACAAAUGGCUAUUUGCUCACCCUUUUUUUUGUCCUAGUCAACACGAUGAUCUCGUGUAUCUACUACUAUGGGUUCAAGAUAAUAAAGGACAAAGAGCCAUGGACUCCUGGUGCUGGAUGCACCGGGUUUUCGGCAAACUAUACUGAGCCCUAUUACUAUCGGGUAGAAAAAAAGCGCCAGCUAUUCCCUACUGACGCAUACGAUAUGUUCAAUGGAAUCUCUGAUAUUGCCAUUGCAGCACUUUACCCAAUUUUCGGUUUGCUUUUGAUGUUCGAAGUACUGAAAUCUGCCAAAGUUGCGUCGACAAUGCUCAGCAAGAAAGAUGCGGUGGAAAGAUACCACACCGGUCGAAUGAUACUUGUUAUGACAAUUUUCUACAAUAGAUUGUUACACGAAAAAAUAGAUUGA